AUAGAUUCUAAGGUUUUUCAUGAGCACUUUAAACAUCACUCCAAAUUACACAUUCAUAUCCUCUACAAGGUUUUUCACUAAUAGCAUUGACUUGUUAAGAGAUACUUUUGUCUUUCUUUUUCUACGCUCUGGAUUUGAUCAUGAAGCCCUCAAGAUAUUAGAAUCAGUUUAGUUUACAAGGUAAAUCUAAACAUCCAACUAAUCUAAGCUCUAAAGAUAUAUUUGUGAAUAAAUUAGUCUAAGAGCUUAGUGAAGUGGGGUGAGCUAAGAAGACGAGGGAUAGAUUAGCACUUACUCCUUUACUAGAAAUGUCGUAUAAGCUCGUUUUUCCUUCUUAGUUGCACACUCUAAACUCACCACACUUGCUUUGUAUUUAUAGACUUGAGCUUUUGAAUAUCUCCCGUUGACUAAGGCUAAGGAGAUUCAAUCUUGAACGUUGAUUAAUCCAUUUGGUGGUUGUGAAGCGGUAUGACUCUUUCUGUCUUCAUGUGACGUGACAUGUGUCCUUUUUGUCUUUGUAUGAGCCCAUGAAGAUUUUGCUCAUUUCAAGAAGCUAUUAUAGCUGAAAUCUUCACCGUAUAUGCCAUGGCUAUUAUAGCUGAAAUCCUCACAAAUCUAUGUUCACACCACUGUCUCCCAUCUCUAUUUCACCAUUCCAGCAUACAACACACAUCCACCUUCGAGUGUCACAAUCAUUCCACCGCCGUUCAACCACCGCAAGUCCACAACCAUCGAUUGAAUUUUUUUUCUCCUUCUCCCGUGCUGAGCUUCUUAAUUGGUUAUUCUGUAGAUCUGGCAUGUCGACAGUCAAGGAUGAUGCACCGGUGACUCUGUCGAUGCCUUGCUACCACCACCUUCGUCGUUUCCCUGCUCCCACACACAAGUCACCGCCUUCGCCACCGUCGCUGCCCUGCUGCACAUCUCUUCGCCGCCGUCGCUGCCCUGCUGCACAUCUCUUCGCCGCCUCUGCUUUGCUGCCACGAAUUUCGACAUCGCCUCUCCAGAUGCUUGGUUUUUGUUAUUUGGGAUUAGGAAGAUAAUUCUGCAAUUGAAAUUGUUUGCUGAAGUUUUACAAUUGAGAUUGUUGGUUUGGAGGAGAUGUUGAAGGAGGGGCUAGAAUGGAAGGGUUUGUGGUAGGGCUAGGGAAGGGAAUGGGCGGAGAUUGCUGGGGGGUGAGGGCUGGGGAGGUGGCUGGUAGGCUGGGAAGGGGGCCUGGUAUGCUGGGGAGGGGGCUGGUGGGAUGGGGAGGGGGGCUGGUGGGCAGGGGAGGGGGCUGGUGGGAUAGGGAGGGGAUGGGUAUGGGGGUCGGGGAGGCGGCAAUGACGGUGAUGUUGGUGUGGCGGCCAAAUUUGGUUGAAAUUUACGUUUCCGGCAAUCUCCGGAAAUGACAUCGUGACAUGUUGACAUCGGCGGCGGCAAUGACACCGGCGGUGGAGAUGUCACCGUGGCCAGAGGUUGGAACAGAGAUGGUUAACGACACAGUGACAUGUUUGACAACGGUAAAGUGACACGUUUGAUGGCGGCACAAUGACACAUUUGACGGCGGAAGUGACAUAUUAAAGUGACAUGAAAACCAGCAGUGACAUAAAAUCAAUGACAUAAAAAUAUAAGAGUGACAUAAAAAUCUGGCAGAACUAUGUUUUUCCAAAUAUAUGACUCAUUGGUCAUAAUUUUGUCCUUUUGUAAAAGUGGACAUAUUUUUGGAAAUUGACUCUAAAUUAGUAAUAUUCGUGAAAAAGCCCCUCUUUUGUGUGUGCUUUCUUUUUGUUUAUGUACGUCUUUUUCUUUUCUCUUUUGAGUAAUCUUCUUUUUUAUCUUUUCAUUUUUUGAGUACUUUUCUUUUUAUGAAUUGAAUGCAGUAAAGACUACAAAAUAUUAUACGUCAAGUGCUCAUAGUCAAAUAGAGACACAUCAUCAAAAUCUAAUCUAAAUGGACUUCACAUUAAAGUUGUGAAUACAAUUGUUAAAUCGAUGGGCUUAUGUAAC